UUUGCAUCUUCAACUAAGUCAUUGAUAAUAACACUACCGAGCCCUAGUUGGAUUGCUACACUGCUUCUUUCUCAGAAGCUUUUAUCAAAUGACUCCUCAAUUGAAAAUCUACUGAAAGCAACACCGGUGGCUAAGAGUGUAAAGAUUGUGAUGGCAUCUCGAUUAGCAUCAAUUGCUAUUACGCUAGAUAUGGAGACAAUUCAGGUGUCACAACUGUGUAUUGAUGCUUAUACUGUCAAGCAAUCGAUUUUGCAGACCCCAAAAAUAAAAUUGAAAGAACAGCAAGUAAAAGUUUUGAACCCCAGGAAGUUGGAAGUUUUUCCUCAGGCAAAUAAAGAUAAACUGCAUUUUGAACUUCACCGGUUGAAAAAUAAGCUUCCUUCUGUUGUUGUGAAGGGUAUUACUACGGUUCAAAGGGCUGUGGUGAACAAAGAACAAGAAAGAGAUUGUAAGAGUGAUGUCAAAGGAGAAACAUAUGAGUUGCUUGUUGAAGGUACCGGUCUCCUAGCCGUAAUGGGCAUUGACAGAGUUGAUGGGCGUAAUACAAAGAGUAAUCAUAUAAUGGAGGUGCAACAAAGACUAGGCAUUGAAGCAGCAAGGAUCUCUAUAAUUGAUGUGAUUAACUAUACCAUGUCAAGUCAUGGAAUGACAAUAGACUUGCGGCACAUGAUGCUUCUAGCAGAUCUGAUGACAUAUAAGGGUGAAGUUCUGGGAAUAACCAGACAUGGCGUUCAGAAAAUGAAAGAUAGCGUACUGAUGUUAGCCUCAUUUGAGAAGACAACCGACCACCUGUUUAAUGCAUCUGUAAAUGGAAGGGAUGAUAAGAUAGAAGGAGUUAGCGAAUGCAUCAUCACGGGCAUACCAAUGCAGAUAGGCACUGGGAUGUUUAAACUUCGGCAAUGUGUUCAGCAGGUUGAGCUGAAUUAUCAAUCAGAACCUAUGUUAUCCUAGGACUUCUAAAUGAAUUUGUCUGGUUCUGCAAAGUUAAUAUUUUGUCAAUGCCUCAAUGGUAUUUGGGAGGCGCUGCUGAAUUCUCUUCGAAGGAUAAUGGCAGAGGUAGACGACUUGCAAUGUUUUCUUCGUGUGGCGUGAUAUGCAGAUUCUAGCAUUGACCAUGCAACAUCAGGUGAAUUUUAAAAGAAAUCGUCGAAGGAGGCAGUCUUACCAACACCUGGAAGAUUGGUUUCACCAACCUUAUAACGUAGAAAGUUACUUUGGCCCCUGUUGGUAAUCAUGUUUACGGGUGACAUUGUUUUCAUCUUUAUUUAAGGCAAAACGUAAUUUCGGGA